GCGGAUCUCCGCUCUGAUACCAUGUGAAUUUGUAUAAACGUGUUGUUGUAUUCAUUAGAUUGCCUUCGUAUAUAUAUUACACAAAUCACCGACUUAGUGAAUAUUCUCCUAACUACUCUUAUCUUUAUCACAAACUAUACAAGUUUAACUAACUUCAUCAUUAUCUACUCCAAUAAAAGCAGUGAAAAUCAGAUGGCAGCAGGCGUUGACCGUUGUCGCGAAUCUACUCGGAUAUCAUUCCCAAAAUUUGUACGACAAUCUAAAACUCUAUUAGUGCUAUAUAUGUAUGUCUUGAAAUCUAUGUUUCUACGUGACAUUUGACAAUGUAUUCUUGUUGUUUCCUGUUAGCAAUAACGAAGCAAAAAUGAUUGAAGUAAUCGUCAAUGACCUUUUGGGCAAACUGAAUUUUACUCCAUCAAAAGAUUUUGAGGAAUGUGUUGGCAUUGAAGAUCAUAUUGCUGAGAUGAGCUUGCUGUUGGAUAUGGAAUCUGAGGAAGUAAGGAUGGUUGGGAUAUGGGGCCCAUCGGGAAUUGGCAAGACUACCAUUGCAAGAGCCCUAUUUAGUAGACUCUCUCGUCGGUUCCAGUGCAGUGUUUUCAUUGACAGGAAAUUCAUAUCUAAGAUUAUGGAAGGUUAUAGGGGAGCCAACCCUGAUGACUAUAACAUGAAGCUGAGUUUGCAAAGACAUUUUCUGUCUGAAAUUUUAGGCACAAGGCACAUACAGAUAGAUCACUUAGGUGCGGUGGAAAAUAGGCUAAAAAACCAGAAAGUCCUUAUCUCUAUCGAUGAUUUGGAUGAUCAAGUGGUGCUAGAUGUAUGUGCAGGUCAAGCUCAUUGGUUCGGAAGUGGAAGCAGAAUAAUCGUGGUUACAAAAGAUAGGCAUUUUUUAAGGGCUCAUGGGAUUGAUCAUAUUUACGAGGUCUGUCUCCCAUCUGAAGAGCGUGCUCUUGAGAUACUUUGUCGAUCUGCUUUCAAGCAAAACUCUCCACGUGAAGGCUUUGAGAAGCUUGCAGUUGAAGUUACUAGACAUGCCGGUAGUCUUCCUUUGGGUCUUACUGUUUUAGGUUCCACUUUGCGGGGGAGGGACAAGGCGUAUUGGAUGGAUAUACUGCCAACGCUUCAAAAUGGUGUUGGUGAGGAAAUAGACAAAACCCUAAGAAUUAGCUAUGAUGGUUUGAAUAGAGAAGAAGAUAAAGUGAUAUAUCGUCACAUUGCAUGUCUUUUCAAUGGUGAGAAAGUCCCUUACAUUAAGUUGUUGCUGGAAGAUAGGAACCUGGGUGUAAAUGUUGGGAUCGAAAACCUAGUUGAUAAGUCUCUCAUACACGUAAGAAGCGAUACCGUGGAGAUGCACAGUUUGUUACAAGAAAUAGGUAGAAAAAUUGUUCGUGCACAGUCCAUUGACGAGCCUGGAAACCGAGAAUUUCUGGUGGAUUUGGAUGAUAUAUGCGACGUCCUUAGUGAAAACAGUGGUACUAAGAAAGUUUUAGGUGUAGCACUGGAUAUGGACAAGAUUCAUGAUGAGUUACAUGUCCAUGAAAAUGCCUUCAAAGGGAUGAGUAAUCUCCGUUUCCUUAAAUUUUACACGUUUGGAAAAGAAGCCAGAUUGCGGUUAAACGAAAGCUUUGACUAUUUGCCCUCAAAACUCAGAUUAUUGUGUUGGGACAAAUAUCCAAUGAGAUGUUUGCCUUCCAAGUUUUGUCCUCAAAACCUCGUCAUUCUUGAAAUGAAGAAUAGCAAUCUUGAAAACUUGUGGGAAGGCGUCUCGCCGCUUGGACAUCUUAAGAAAAUGGAUUUGUGGGGAUCUAAGAACUUGAAAGAGAUUCCCGAUCUUUCGAAAGCCACCAGUCUAGAGAAAUUAGAUCUCAAGGGCUGUUCUAGUUUGGUGGAGCUCCCUUCAUCUAUUAGCAAACUCAAUAAACUGACUGAAUUGAACAUGCCAUCAUGUACAAACCUAGAGACCCUUCCGACUGGAAUGAACCUUGAAUCCCUCAACCGCCUCAAUCUCAAAGGAUGCACACGCUUGAGAAUUUUUCCAAAUAUCUCAAGAAACAUCUCAGAGCUUAUUUUAGACGAAACAUCCAUUACCGAAUUCCCUUCAAAUUUGUAUCUCGAGAAUCUUAAUUUGUUUUCCAUGGAAGGUAUAAAGAGUGAGAAGCUAUGGAAAAGAGCACAGCCGCUUACACCUCUCAUGACCAUGUUAUCUCCUUCUUUGAGGAUCUUGUCUCUCUCGGAUAUCCCUAGUUUGGUGGAGCUUCCUUCUUCAUUUCAGAAUCUCCAUAAACUUACAAAUUUGAGCAUUACAAGAUGCAAAAACCUAGAGAUUCUUCCCAUGGGAAUCAACCUUCCAUCGCUCAUUCGCCUUAUUCUUAGUGGGUGCUCGCGGUUGAGGAGUUUUCCUGAUAUCUCAAGAAAUGUCUUAGACCUCAAUCUAAGCCAAACAGGAAUAGAAGAGAUUCCUUCGUGGGUUGAGGACUUCUCUAGGCUCAAAUACCUAUUUAUGGAAAGUUGCCCUAAGUUAAAAUAUGUAUCCAUUUCUACACUGAUACAUCUUGAGAUGGUUGACUUUUCAAACUGUGGGGCAUUGACUGGAGCUGGUAUGAUUGGUUAUCAAAGUGGAGAGGCAAUGAGACCAGAUGAUAUUGAAACAGAGGUACUAGCCCCCGAAGAGGCCUCUUCUUCUCUUCAAGAUAAUUUUUUGCCAAGAGUCAAAUUCAGAUUCAUCAACUGCUUUGACUUGAAUCUUGAAGCUCUUCUUCAGCAACAAUCAGUUUUUGAGCAACUCAUCUUGUCUUGUGAAGAAGUGCCUUCAUAUUUCACUCAUAAAGCUACAGGAGCAUCCACAUCUCUGACCGUCCCUCUGCUUCAAACCUCUCUCUCUCGACAAAUCUUCAGACUUCGAGCUUGCGCUGUUGUUGUUUUUGACCCUAUACCAACCCUAGGUUCUGUUUGCGUGUAUAUCAAAGUAAGUUGUAGGUUCAAAGACGAACAUGGAAACUACUUUGAUUCUGCUUAUCAUCAAGAAAACAUCACGGCAUAUAAGAAGGGUGGUCAUAUGUUUAUAUUCGAUUAUUGUUUCCCUCUAAAUGAAGACAAUGCUCAUCUAGCUAAAAUUAGCUGCGAUCACGUGGAUAUACAGUUUCAUUUCCCUUCUAAUGUUCCCUGCAAACUGAUAGAAUGGGGUAUACGACUGAUAGAGGAUUUUUCAUCACCGGAGAACCAACUAUUUAGUCCAUCCACUGAUGAACAGAAUGUGGCUGAUGAGUCUGACCACGGUGAAGAGUGUGAAGUCCAGGGCUGUUUUUCAUUUGUGAAUCUGUUUUUUGCUAUUUGUCAAUGGUGACUUUAUUUUUGCUCUCAUCAUUUAUGUUAUUCUACAUAGGUAUACCACUACUACAUAUCGCCUAAAUGCACACUAAGU